AUGCUACACUGUCGUGAUUCGAUAAAACAGCACUGUGGUAGCGAAAAGUUGUAUCAGCGCCCUGGAUCCACUAUUCAUUGCCUCAUGCGUGUUAUGCGCUCCGUUCCUCGUCCUGACGGAGAGUUACUGGGUAGCAAACAUCAUGUAAAGAACAAUUUUCAGUCAACUAUUAAUGAGGAAGCUCACUUUGUUCGUGACAGGCGACCUCAGUUGCCGGAAGUCUGCGUACAAGCUAUUGAUGAGUUACUACGUGUAAGUCAUUUUUAG